AAUAUCAUAGCAUCUGGCCUAUGCGCCUCCCAUUUUUAAGUAUAGAGGAAGAAGAGCAUCAUAGAACAUCAACUCAACGUGGAUACUGAGGUGAAGAACACAAAUGGCAUCGCAGAGUCCACGGUCACCUAUGCAUCCACAACUUAUGCAAACACCGCACAGUCCCGCUAGGUCGGAUGGGGGCCGCGAAGGACGGCACAGCCACCACAUUGAGAGCCAUAAGGCAAGGCAUGCUUCACCUGGGUGCGCCAAAGAACAGUCCUGCCUUGAAUGUCUGGCACAGCUCAACGAAGUAUCACUCUAUGAGAUGCCAAAGGGUUCUCCAUGUGCCCUAAUCAUACAGGGCCCAACGAACAACAACCUUUUCUAUCUGCAAAUAGUGAGUGGCUCCGUUUCCCGCUUGGUCUUUGGAGAUGCAAAUGGAUCCUUCACCAUGUUGAUGUCGCAGAUCAGCGGUCAAGUGAUGGCCGCGUUCCACCGCCCAUUACGACUUCAAAGCGGGUGUAAGGGAUGCUUCUGCAGUUGCCUUGGACAGGAGAUGACGAUUGAAGCCCCACCUGGAACAAGAGUGGGCUCAAUUUCCGAAGAUUGUAGUACGUGGGGCACUACCAUGACCAUCCGUGACACAAGUGGACAGGGGGCGCUAAAGAUUAAUGGCCCCGCUUUGCCCCCCUACUGUACUUGCCUGAUCAAUCAGGCCGUAUUUCAGGUGAAAUCAAUGGCAGGAACCCCAGUAGGCGAGAUAUGGACGGACGGAAAUAAAUGUGCCGGUGUCUCAUUCCCUAUGGACCUGAAUGUGGACCUCAAAGGGUGUCUUAUCGGCUGCACAAUUCUCAUAAAGUACAUGUUCGGCAUGGAAGGCUGUACAGUUACCUGGUGCAGAGCUGCUCUGGUGUGCUGCUUUGUGUGCGGCAAGUUUGCAAGCAUAUUCAACCCUAACUGACACAUUACGUGGUUCUUGGGCAGAGGAUCCGCAGAGAGUUCCUUUUAGU